AUGCUGCCGCCCUGUCUGAUCCGGGCCGCGGGCCGCCCAUCCACAAUCCUCCGUCGCCAGGCACCCACGAUCUUCAGGGCCCUUCCUGCGUCCCAGAUGCUCUCCACUCGCAUGGUUGCUGCCGACCCCGCAGACACACUCAUGCCUCCCUCCUCGUGGCCGCCAGCGAUUCCACGGCGAUGGAUGUCCUCUGGCCGACCAGGCUCCCGCAACAACGAUCGUGGUCCAAGCAAUGACCGCAACAGCGACCGCCGCAACAGCGACCACCCCAGCAACGACCGCGAUCGCAGCUUCCGAUCCUCACGCUCUCCAUCGGCAUCUGGUCCCAGCACCCGCCCCACAUCCCGCUUCGGCUCCAGCUCCAGACCCAGCUCUGGUGAAAAGAACACCAAACAGAGCCAUGGGACUCACUCGACACAGCGACCGUGGUCCAAGGAGCCAAGAACAGCCGAGACACACUCGAAGCACUCGCCAAAGACCCUCUCGCCGUCUCUCUCGAGACCAUCAGUGCAAGCGUCGCAAGCGUUGCAGACACCGCUCGAUCCGCAUCAGGCCGGCCGGCCAGCAGGGCGACUCGAGUGGCACUCGGACCCAAAGAACCUCGGUACCCGGCUGAAGGCACUGAUCCGGUCGGGCCAGAUCGACGAAGCCUGGGACCUGAUCGAUCGACACACGGGGGCGACCAACGACGUUGUGUUUGCCGAGGCGAUCCAGGCGUUCAAGGACCACGGCCACUACGGAGAUGCGAUCGAGGCCUUCAAGCUGAUGAAACGCCGCAAGAUCGUCCCCACGCCCAGUGCAUACACUGGCUUGAUCAACGGAGCAUUCAAAGCGGUCACCCGUCCCGAUGUGCUCCCAAGUGAUCGCAGCCGCAUUUUGCAGCAAAUCAACGCCGUCUGGGAGGACCUGCCCAAUCCCUCGACUAUCCAUGCCAACGCAAUGCUCAAGCUCUGCGUCCCCUGUGCUUACGAGGGUGGCUGGAAAGUCGCCAUCGACAUCUUUGACGGCAUGAUGCUCUGGACUCGCGAUGAGCUUCAAGACAUUGACUCAGGUGCCUACAACAGCCAAGAGCCCACGUUCUCCUACCCUCCUCCCGACUCCAUCUCGUUCUCGACUAUGCUGCAACUGUGUGGUGCGUUCUUUCCCUCGUCAAAAGGGUACUCCAUGGGACUCCGCAUCAUGAACGACCUUGAAAACAUCCUCGACGAGCCACCGCAAGGCAUUCGCAAGCUCGAGAUCACAAAUAUCUACCACGGCAUCCAAAUGGACUCCCACAUCGCGGCUUCCUUUCUGCUCCUCUGUGCCAAGUCCGGACAUCCCGAAGCAUAUCGCAAUGCGCAAGUCGUGAUCCAAAAGUACCUCGAUCUUCCCUCGCAACUCGACCCCGACGCGGCGAACAAGACGAUCCUGGACGAAUGGAGUGAGCCUCAUCGCGAAAAGCUCCUGCUCACUCCAACUCUGAUGUUUGCCCUCCUUCGUUUGGCCUCGGCGACGGGGAAUGGGUGCCUCGGGCUCGUCUGGUUCGAUAUCUUCCAGCGACGCAAGCUCGAGUGCGAUGACGGUAUCCUGAACCUCGCGAUCAUGCUCUGUGCUGAGCAAGGACGCUUCGAUCGAGCGGCCGAGCUCAAUCAACAUACGCAGUCCAGGAGCCACGCCCAAAACUCCAUCCGAAUUGCGUCCCUGGCUGUGGCCCUCGCCAAACAGGAAACGCCGACCGCACCGCUGAGCCGCAAGUGGCUGCAGUCAGCCAGCGACGCAGUUAAGAGCGCACAGAAAACCGAGGACAAGUCGGGCAGCACCCGAGCUGUUCCCUAUCUCACCACAGCGGUGUUUCGUCAGUACAUCGAGCUGCUGAUGGCUUACAACGAACGUGCGGCCGCAGCCGCAGUCGUUGAGCGGUACGGACAGCACAUUCUGAUGAUCUCACGACGCAGCCUGGACAACUACAAGGCCGAGCCAGGCCGAGCGCAGAGGAUGGCGAUGCAAAGCGGUCUCGAGCAGACCAUGGAAUGCCUCCAAUUGUGCAAAGUGGUGCUUCAAGGAUGUCUUGCGGACGCCGAUGUGCGCCCUGACCGGCGGCAGGAAGCCGAGGCCAUGAUCGACAACAUCAACAGCGUCCUCCUUGGCUGGAAGAGCUGCAUGCAUGCCGAGAACUCCCGUCGAGCAGCGCAGACAAAUACACAUCGCCCGGAGUGA